AUAAUGAGACGCGGCCAAGCGUAAGAAUACGUCACGAACCAGACCAUUUGAAUGGAGACCUUUAAACAGCUGAUCGACUAGAACGCCGAGGAUAUAUUCUGGACAUCGAAAUCUUGACCAGUAUGGCAUCCCGGCCCCGCGGGGAUAAAAAUGGCCUCUCCAAGGAAGGAUCACACGCGUACGUCAAUAAGGGAAUGGACACACCCAGUGUUUAUACUAUAGAGAGCUCCCAGCAGUACGGGGGUUCCCGGGACAGCAUCGGUACUGCGGGACGUAGGGGCUCCUUCUCGUCAGCAAUGGAGUCCAGUUUUGAUGGUUCCAAACUUUCGCUGCCAUCUCUCCCCCAAUCCUCUGGCAAGCCUAGUGUGGCUGCCUCCACGGCCGAGCUGCUGGACGGAAGUGGUGGGUCCUCCCAAGGGGAGGGUCCUAAGGAGAGGGAAACCUGGGACAACAAAGCGCAGUACAUCCUGGCGGUGGUAGGGUACGCUGUAGGACUCGGCAAUGUGUGGAGGUUCCCCUACCUGGCCCAGAAAAACGGCGGAGGUGCUUUUCUGAUUCCUUACACCAUAAUGUUGGCGAUAGAAGGUAUCCCAAUCUUCUAUCUGGAGUUGGUUGUGGGUCAACGCCUGCGCAAAGGUGCCAUAGGCGCGUGGAACCAGGUGUGUCCUUACCUCGGGGGUAUUGGAAUUGCAAGCUGUUUCGUGUCCUUCUGGGUAGCUCUGUACUACAAUACCAUCAUCGCCUGGUGCAUCUAUUAUCUCGUACAGAGUUUCCGGGACCCGUUACCAUGGGCACAAUGUCCGGAAGUUCCCGACUCGGUCCUUGGGAGUAAAGUAGUGACAGAAUGUGAGAUGAGUGAUGCCCGGUCGUACUUUUGGUACCGCGAGGCCCUUAACAUCUCACCGUCAGUGGAGGAGGGAGGUGAUCUCAACUGGUGGAUACUGGUCAGUCUUAUGGUAUCCUGGCUCAUCGUCUUUCUCUGUAUGGUGAAGGGAAUAGCAUCAUCGGGAAAGGUUGUGUAUGUGACUGCCACCUUCCCAUACCUCGUGCUGGUCAUAUUCUUUUUCCGCGGAGUGACGUUAGAGGGCUUCUACCACGGGCUUGAGCACUUCUUCGUUCCUGACUUCAAGCGUCUUGGUGAUCCACAAGUGUGGCUAGAGGCUGCCACCCAGAUCUUCUUCUCCCUGGGGCUUGCAUUUGGAGGUUUGAUCGCAUUUUCUUCCUAUAUGCCCGUUCGGAACAACUGUUACCGGGACGCACUUCUCGUAUCCCUAGUCAACUGUGGAACAUCAGUCUUCGCCGGUAUCGUCAUCUUCUCCAUCCUUGGGUUCAAAGCAACACGAGCCUAUGACGGCUGUUUGGAUACUCGGAACUCGGAACUGUUGCGGCUAUUCAAUUCUACAUCCAUUCACCCACCGCCACCAGGAACCAUCAUCAACGUCACCAAAUUUGACACCGGACUUCAGUUGUGGACCACAAUAAAGACCAGUAUGCCAGAGAUAACAUCUUGUGAUUUCAAGUCUGAAAUACAAAAGUCAGGAUCUGGAACUGGACUUGCCUUUAUAGCAUUCACGGAGGCCGUGACACAGUUUCCGGCAGCGCAGUUCUGGGCCGUACUGUUUUUUCUGAUGCUGCUCACUCUUGGAUUAGACAGUAUGUUCGGCACACUGGAGGGAGUAAUCACCUCCAUCGUUGACAUGAAUCUGGUCACUAAUCUACGGAAAGACUUCCUGGCUGCGCUGAUCUGUCUAGUAUCCUUCAUGCUAUCCUUCUGCUUUGCCAACCAAGCGGGUCCCUAUAUAUUUACCCUGUUUGACGAGUACAGCGGAAACAUCCCAUUGCUAGUCAUCGCUCUGGCUGAGGUCAUCGGUAUUGCAUACAUCUACGGACUCAAAAGAUUUGGAGACGAUAUUCAACUGAUGACGGGCCAGAGACCAAACUGGUACUGGUUGGCUAUGUGGAAGUAUGUGUCACCAAUAGCCAUGUGUAUAAUACUUCUCGCCAGUGUCGUCAAGAUGGCCGUUUCUGGCACCUCGUACGACGCCUGGUCGGCUGUCACUGCGGACACCGUAAAGCAACAGUGGCCAGCCUGGUGCAAGUUCUUCGCCGCCUUUUUGAUAUUGUCCUCGUUACUAUGGAUACCAAUUGUUGGUGUUUUAAAAUACUUCAACAUUGUUAAAUGGAAACCAGAGCAACCUGCAGAUUUUCCGGAAGACGAUUUAAUACAGGAGCGAAAUAUAAAACCAUAUAUUCCUACUGAAUGGGAACGAAAACUGUUUUACUGGAAAGAGAAACUAUGAUAUCAGUUAUGCUUUAGAAUUACAAUACUCUAGAAAUCCCGGUCUCAAACCUUUAUAAUGGAAGUAAACUGGACCAUAUAUAGGACAUAGGGGAGGGGUAAUAUAAACUAGUUUAUGCUAAUGUUUCCUCGUUAGCAGCAAUCCAAAGACACUUUAGAUGUACCCCAUAAAAACCUGAGCUGUACUAAUUGUUGGUCUGCAAAACUAAGAUUUACGCGUUUCUCAUAUAAGGUCCAGUUUCUGUAUUAUAUAAAGUCAAACACAGAUUUGUCUCUGUGCUGGGGAACAGCAGAUCUGUGUUUGAGUUUUUAUUCUAUUAUUACCGUCACAUGGACACUAUAACUUUAAUCUAUAUACAUUGUAUAUGUUUAAUAUACUGUUCUGGUAGAAAUCCUUUGAUAUGUUUACGUUUAUUUAAUAUGCCUUUUAAUCCGGAAACGUAGGAGAGAUAUGUUGUAAUAGUUAAUAGGACAGUGCAUUGUAAAACACCAAGGGAGGCAAUUAAAACUUUACUGUAUUAGCCUCGGUUGUCUCCCUGUGUAUGGUUUGGAAGACUAUUGUCUAUUAAGACGAUUGACGUGAUACAUUAAACAGGAUAUCACAAUAAAUGUUAUAUCGUCCUUCGUUGGCGUCCUGGAUAUACACGUCAUAUCGAGUUAAAAUCAAUUGACUGUCAAAAGUACAGGUAAACAACGAUUACAUUGUAGAAAUGUUCUAAUGUACCACAUCAUUACAUGUUACACAAACAUUACAUUGUAUACCAACAUUACAUUGUAUACCAACAUUACAUUGUAUCCCAUCAUUACAUUGUAUACCAACAUUACAUUGUAUACCAACAUUACAUUGUAUACCAACAUUACAUUGUAGAAAUGUUCUAAUGUACCACAUCAUUACAUGUUACACAAACAUUACAUUGUAUACUACAAUUACAUUGUAUACCAUCAUUACAUUGUAUACCAACAUUACAUUGUAUACCAACAUUACAUUGUAUACCACAAUUACAUUGUAGAAAUGUUCUAAUGUACCACAUCAUUACAUGUUACACAAACAUUACAUUGUAUACUACAAUUACAUUGUAUACCAUCAUUACAUUGUAUACCAACAUUACAUUGUA